CACAUACCCUUUUCAUAGGGUAGACAGACUGGCAGAAGGGGGGACAGCAGAUACACAACGCAUGGUGUUGUGGAGGUAGUGAAGGAACACAUACAGCGUGGGACAAUUAUUCUGAACCUAUGAUUGCAAGUGGCAGAGGUAUACCAGAUGGUAAAAGAGUAAGUGAGAGGUCCCAUCUGCAGUCCAGAAAACCAAAGAAAGAAGACGAGAUGGACAACCUCGGCAAAGUGGACGAGAUCAGCGAGAGUGAUAAGAAGCUGAAGGACCAGCGCAACAAAGCUGAAAAGGGUGACAAAGAGAAGGGUGAAACGAAGAGGGAGAAUCAAAAAUCUGGUUCAUUGUUGAGAGGAGGUUGGGCACUGUCCGAACGUUUGGCCAUCAAUGUGUCAGGUAUGCGCUAUGAGACACAGAUUCGCACCCUGGCCCAGUUCCCUGAUUCUCUGCUUGGAGACCCACAGCGUCGCCUACGUUACUUUGACCCCCUCCGCAACGAGAUCUUCCUUGACCGCAAUCGGUUCUGCUUCGAUGCCAUCCUGUACUUCUACCAGUCUGGAGGUCGGUUACGGCGGCCGGCCAACGUGCCUCUGGACGUCUUCAUGGAUGAAUUGCAUUUCUAUGAGCUGGGAGAAGAUAUCAUGGCUCGCUUCAAGGAGGAUGAGGGCUUCCCUAAGGAGGAACCUCGGCCCCUGCCUGACAAUGAGAUCCAACGCAAGCUGUGGAUUCUCUUUGAACACCCGGAAUCCUCUGGAGGUGCCCGUAUCAUUGCCAUCAUCAGUGUGAUGGUGAUUGUGGUCUCCAUCCUCAUCUUCUGUUUGGAGACACUGCCUGACUUCAGAGCAGAGAAGGAGCUGAGAGAGCAACAUGCAUACCAGCCUCAUCUCAAUGUCGUAAACAUCACCUUGCACGUCCCACCCCUGUCCUCUCCCUUCCAAGAUCCGUUCUUCCUGGUGGAGACCUUGUGCAUCUGCUGGUUUUCAUUUGAACUAGUGAUGCGUUUCGCCUGCUGUCCCAGUAAGAUGAUAUUCUUCAAGGAUGUAAUGAACAUCAUAGACUUCUUUGCCAUCAUUCCCUACUUUAUCACACUCGGCACUGAGCUGGCCAAGUCUAAGGGAGCCACGCCGUCCAUGUCCCUGGCCAUCAUCAGGGUUAUCCGUCUGGUUCGAGUGUUCAGGAUCUUCAAGCUGUCUCGUCACUCCAAAGGCCUUCAGAUCUUGGGCCAGACACUGAAAGCCAGCUUGAGAGAACUGGCCCUUCUCAUCUUCUUUCUUUUCAUUGGAGUCAUUCUGUUCUCCAGUGCCGUGUACUUCGCUGAGGUGGACCACCCGGGCACGGCCUUCACUAGUAUCCCAGAAUCCUUCUGGUGGGCUGUGGUCUCCAUGACGACAGUGGGGUACGGCGACAUGUAUCCAAUGACGGUGGUUGGAAAACUGGUGGGCUCCAUGUGUGCUAUCGCUGGUGUGCUCACCAUCUCACUCCCUGUUCCUGUCAUUGUUUCUAACUUCAGCUACUUCUACCAUCGAGAGAUGGAGUGUGAGGAUAACCAAGAGUACACUCACGUCAACACUGAUCUGUGGGAGGAGGAAGAGGGCGAGGGAGAAGGUGAAGAGGGUGAGGAAGGGCCAGGGGAAUAUGGAAACUACGUUCCUCUUGAGGGAGGCACGGCCUACAGGGGGAUCUGUGCUCCUCUUAAUGGGACUCUUCUUGCUGGGCUUUGUGCUGGGCAACCUGGAGAGCAAAGCGGAGGGAACCUUUACCUACGGGAGCCACUGGUCACCCAAGUCUGAGACACUGGAGAUCAGAGAG